CCCACCAUAAUUUCUCAAAAACAUAUAACUAGGCCAUUCUUCAUAAGAAUUUUCAUAAUUUUUGGCCAAAAACAAAACCAUAGAGUAGGUGAUUGAAUGCCCAAUUUCUAAGACGGAUUUCUAUCAAUGAAGCAUUGAAAACACAGAAUGAAUCAAUUAAAUUAGAGUACCUGCAAAACAGAGCACAGAAGGCGCCGCGCGACGAGGCCUGAGAAGCGAGAACUGAAAAGGUUGCUGUGGCUGGCGCUAUUUACCGUUUUUCAAAAUUACAAAUUGGACCCUCAAUGUUUACGAAACUACAGUUGUACCCCGAGUUUUCAAAUGAGUAGCCUGCUCGUUUAGUUGAAGUGUUGGCGGCUCCAAAAAAAAUCAGGGUUGCUCUUCUCAAUCAGAUUGUCAAGAUGGAGUUCGUCAGCCCUGAAGGUCUCUGUUUAGAUGGUCGCCGUCCCAUGGAAAUGAGGCAAAUUCGUGCAGAGAUUGGUGUUGUAUCCAAAGCCGACGGUUCUGCUAUGUUUGAGAUGGGUAACACCAAAGUUAUUGCUGCUGUGUAUGGCCCUAGAGAGGUCCAAAAUAGGAGCCAACAACUGAAUGCCAAUGCAUUGGUGCGAUGUGAAUACACCAUGGCAAAUUUUAGCACUGGAGAUCGAAUGAGAAAACCAAAGGGUGAUAGGAGAUCCACAGAGAUAUCUCUAGUUAUUCGCCAAACUAUGGAAGAAUGCAUCUUGACAAACUUAAUGCCUCGGUCUCAGAUAGACAUUUUUGUGCAAGUUCUCCAAGCAGAUGGAGGAACUAGAUCUGCAUGUAUCAAUGCUGCAACCCUGGCCCUUGCAGAUGCUGGAAUUCCAAUGCGGGAUCUUGUUACUUCAUGCAGUGCUGGGUACCUUAAUAGCACACCUCUACUUGAUUUAAACUAUAUAGAAGAUAGUGCUGGAGGUGCUGAUGUCACUUUAGGAAUUAUGCCGAAGUUGGACAAAGUGACUCUUCUUCAGAUGGAUGCUAAGUUGUCGUUGGAUACUUUUGAAACUGUAAUGCAACUUGCAAUUGAAGGCUGCAAGGCAGUUGCAGAUUAUAUUAGAGAAAUAUUAUUGGAGAAUACAAAGCAAUUGGAGUAUCGUCGAGGAACAUAGUCUCAUAUCAUGGCUGGCUACUGGAUGUAGAUGGUGUACUCUACGGAAGCAAGCUUGGAGGAGGUGGAUCACACUUGGUUACUGUACUUCCCAAGUGGAGUUGUUUUGUACGAAAUUGAUUACUUUUAGUGAGGCGCUGCUGAUACUAAGCUAUGAUCUGCUAACUAAACUAUAUAUUCGUUUUUAUUCAAAAAAAAAAAAAAACUAAAUAUUCGUUUUCUGUGUGAUGUUAUUAUAUCAGUGAUGUAAUUGAAACUCUGAAGUAAUAUUACAUGAUUCUGGGCUCCUUCAUUUUCAUAAAUUUUGACAUUUCAAUGCAUCAAGGAACGCGAGUUUGAAGUAUCAUUGCCCUUUGAUAUAAAUGUUGCAAAUUUCGUUUUUUG